AUGGCUUCCGCUCGACGUAGUUGGCGUCUCGAUUCUAAAGAAAUUUUUGAUGUUUUGGUAAAUGAUGUUGACUCAGACAUUGAGGAAGACCCGGAAAUUCAAAUUGAAGAGGUAAUUCAAGACUUACAUGAGGUGGUUUCGGUCCAAGAUCAUGAAAAUGAUGAUGCUGACAUGUCAGAGAACGUAUCUGAACCAGAACAGGGUCGAAGUCGAGGUCGCUCGAGACCUACACUUCGAGGCAGAACGAGAUCGCGCGGCGGACGCGUUCGGUCAGGGGCGCGCUCGACUACCCGCUGCAGCAGCGGCAGACAUGCAUCAACUUCUAUCAGGGAAAUGGAUGAAGCUAAUGGAUGGUCAUACGAAGCAGUGCAGCAGCCGCCGGAAAAUCCAGUAUUUCAAGAAAUAUCUCGCGUAUUAGCCCCGAUUGAUGAAAAUUCGUCACUGUUCGAUUGUUUCUCAAUUUUUUUUCCUGAUUCUUUUUGGAAAUUGCUCAAGACUGAAACAAAUCGUUAUGCAGCUCAAAUGAAGGCUAAACAAACGCGACAAGGUAUCCUGAAACCUGGCACUAUGCUUUAUCAAUGGAAACCAGUCACGAAACAGGAACUGAAAACAUUUUUUUCCGUAGUGAUUCAUAUGACACUCGUUCAAAAAGAAAGUUUUGAUUCUUACUGGUCAACUCGUGAAAUAAUAGAAACUUCAUUCGCCAGAAAGCACAUGAAUAGGAACCGAUUCAGAGCUAUUUACAGCUGUCUUCAUUUGAACGACAACUCAAAUUAUAAACCACGUAAUGAUCCAGAAUACGAUGCUUUUUUCAAACUCAGACCGUAUUUCGAUGAACUGUGUUUUUUGUGUGAGAACAGUUUUUAUCCCAAUGAAAACUUGACGAUUGAUGAGGGCACUUGUGGAUUUAGGGGUCGAGUGCACUUCAGAGUUUACAAUAAAGAUAAGCCCGAUAAAUACGGUAUGAAAGUCUACAUGCUAUGUGACGCGGAAACGGGCUACAUACUACGCAUGGUUCCCUAUGUUGGCGACUCAAAAUCUGUCGAGACUAUUAUCGCUGAAUUGAGUGAACCAUAUUUUGGUAAAUGGCACACCAUUUAUAUGGAUCGUUUUUUUACGAGUCCGACAAUUGCGGACUUGCUUUGGCUGAAAGAAACUCGCACUGUAGGCACAGUGAUGGCGAAUCGUCGUGGUCUGCCACAGGUUUGGCGACAACAACCGUUGGAAAAAGCUGAAAUGGCUUUUUGUCACCGCGGCAAUCUAACUGCCUGUAAAUGGAAAGAUAAGCGUGAUGUACUUAUGCUCACGACGAAACACGGAGCUAGCUGGACAGAGGUGGAUACAAAAGCCAAAGGUGUGGGCGUAACCAAAAAGGUGAAACCAGACUGCAUCCUCGACUAUAACCACUACAAAAUUGGCGUAGAUCUCAAUGACCAAUAUGUAUCCUAUUAUUCGUUGAAUAGGAAAAGUAUGAAAUGGUGGAAAAAAAUGUUUUUUAAUUUAGUAGCGCGUUCUCUGGUAAACGCUUACAUUUUGUACAAUAAAUCCAGAGAACAACGACGCCGCCUGCGAUUCUCGCAGUUUCUGAUGGACUCUGGGGAACAACUGGUGGAAACUGCAUCAGAUGCUGAAGCAGGACCCUCCCAUGGUCCACAUGCUGUCGGGACAAGCACGAGGCUCGUCGGUAGGCACUUCAUAGAGAGGAUUCCAAGCUCGGAAAAAAAGGAGAAAGUCGCACGAGUUUGCAAAAGCCGCGCAUUUGUAGCAUUCCUUGGUCAGAGCUGCGCAUUUGUAGCAUUCCUUGGUCAGAGCUGCGCAUUUGUAGCAUUCCUUGGUCAGAGCUGCGCAUUUGUAGCAUUCCUUGGUCAGAGCUGCGCAUUUGUAGCAUUCCUUGGUCAGAGCUGCGCAUUUGUAGCAUUCCUUGGUCAGAGUUGCGCAUUUGUAGCAUUCCUUGGUCAGAGCUGCGCAUUUGUAGCAUUCCUUGGUCAGAGCUGCGCAUUUGUAGCAUUCCUUGGUCAGAGAUGCGCAUUUGUAGCAUUCCUUGGUCAGAGCUGCGCAUUUGUAGCAUUCCUUGGUCAGAGCUGCGCAUUUGUAGCAUUCCCUGGUCAGAGCUGCGCAUUUGUAGCAUUCCUUGGUCAGAGCUGCGCAUUUGUAGCAUUCCUUGGUCAGAGCUCCGCAUUUGUAGCAUUCCUUGGUCAGAGCUGCGCAUUUGUAGCAUUCCCUGGUCAGAGCUGCGCAUUUGUAGCAUUCCUUGGUCAGAGCUGCGCAUUUGUAGCAUUCCUUGGUCAGAGCUGCGCAUUUGUAGCAUUCCUUGGUCAGAGCUGCGCAUUUGUAGCAUUCCUUGGUCAGAGCUGCGCAUUUGUAGCAUUCCUUGGUCAGAGUUGCGCAUUUGUAGCAUUCCUUGGUCAGAGCUGCGCAUUUGUAGCAUUCCUUGGGGAAGAACAAUUGUGUGAUUUCAAUUAUUCACGAUAUUUUAAAUAUUUCAUUCUCAAUUAA